AUGUUAAUUUAUCUAAUUUUGAUACCUUUUUAUCUUACAUAAGCAAAUUGGAAUAUUCCAAUCCAAUAUUCUACAUUAUGCUCUUGCAAAUAGAUAACUGAAACUACCUUAUGCAGUUCAAGUCAAUUUUGUCAAGUUGACAUGGAUUUUUAAUGCACUGAUGUACUUAAUUACAAUUGUUCUUAUUUUAAUGAAUAGACUGUUCUAUAUUUAUGUUCAGAAUUAGAUAGAUGUUAUUUAAACAAUGAACAAUGUGUAGAAUUGAAUAAUUGCACAGAAUUAUCUGGUUAAACAAAUCAGCAAUGCUAUUAAUAAUCCAAAAGGUGUGGAACAUCUUCUGGCAAUUCUUGUGAAUUAACAUAAUGUUCAAGUUAUUCAAAUGAAAUCGAUUGUAAUGAUUCUUUGUAUAAUAUACGUUUUGAUAAUGUUGGUUAUGGAAGUGUUUGUUAUUGGAAUAACAACAAUUCGUCAUGUGAAAAUUUACUAUGCGAAAAUGUAUCAGCAUAAUAAUGUUAAUAAUAUACAAAUUUAUGUUUACUUGUAAAUAAUUUAUGUACAUGGGCAACUUGUUAAAAUUUACCAUUUAACAGUUGCACGUAUGUAUGGGAAGGGGCACAAAGAAAUGCAAUAUAGCCCUGUGUAUUGAUAAAUGGACUUUGUUAAAAUGCAAAUAGCCCAAGUUAGUUAAAUAGUUUAGAAUGUACAUAAAAUACACUAUAUACAUAUAUAUAUACACCUGAAAAAAUUUGUUAGAAAUGCCAAUAUUCAAAUUACCUUUAACUACAACUAUUAUUGUUGAUCAUUUUAUAUUAUUGA